AGAUACGGAAGGGGAGGAGAAGGAGACUCACGUCAUUAAGGUAACACUAACAUUCAAUGGAAAAUACAUCAGCGGACCUUUAAAUCCAACCAUUGCAUGAAAAAAAAAAAAAAGAAAAAACGGCUUGUGGAUUACUGUCUUAUCUGGAUACAGCUUUGCAGUUUGGCAGAGUGCCUAAUAAACAGACAAGGCCAAGUGUGUUCGUCUGCUAAAGAUAGACUGUUACCUGCUGCAACACUAACUUAAUGCUCUGAUGGCCGGACGCUCAACUCUAGUUUCUAGGUUGCCCAUAUUCAGACGGAGCACGGGCAAAAAGCAAGACUCCUUGCCGUCCUCUCCCUCCUCUGGCAAUGUCAAUGGCGUUCACACCCCCUCCCCGUCCAGCACCAACUCCAGCUCCAGCAGCACGGGCAAGCGCAGGAAUAUCUUUCGCACCUCUUCCAUUGGCUUCCACAGCAAGAAGCACAGCGAUCACAAACUGGACACUGUUGAACCUGUGGAUCUCAGCCAACACAAUGGCAGCCAAGCUGCAGACUCCAGCUUCCAGAAGGUGGACCUAGAGGAGAGUAUCAAAUCCAAGUCUAGGCAUUCGUUCGGCUUUGGAGGCCACCGGGGCAAAAAGAUCACCAGGUCUCAGACAGAAGACUUUGAGAAGGGGAAGGAGCAAUCGACUAACCGAAACAUGUUUACAAACUGCAUCAGUUCGGGGACCAACGAAGGGGAUGACUCUGGCUUUUUAGAUGAUUACAGCAAGCGUUCCUCCAAACAGUCUAGUAAAAAGCUGCUGCCUAAGUCAUUUUCUUCACAUUACAAACUUUCCAAGCAGAGCCAGUCCACAUGUGUUAUGGAACAGCCCAGAGACAUAGCUAAAAGUGCAGGAAUGGAGCCUACCAAUUUAGGGACCCCUGGGUCUUGUCCCGGUGAGAUUGCUGAAUGUUCAUUGCAGUCCCCCAUGCUUUCAACUGACCACACAACGGCUCAUACUCCCUCUGAAUUCAUCCCUAUAACUGAAGACUCAGUCUCGGAGGCGGAUGUGUUGCCCAAUUGUAGUCCUGCAGUGAGCCACGUUGAUAACUUUGGCCAUGACGUUACUACCUCACAGGUUUUCCUUAACCCAGUUACAUCAAUAGGAGGAUCAAACUCUUUGCUGUGCAAAGAAAGUAGUCAUCAGGCAGAAACUAGCGCUGUGAAUACAGAGAGUGCAGUAACUGUUCUGAGAAUAGAUUCCACUAUACUUGAUAUAGAUGAGGAAUCCUUAGAUACAGACGAUGGAAAAGAGAUCAGUGGACAAGAAGAGAAAAUCCAAGUACAUGCACAGGUCCUAGAGAUUACCAACCCUGAAAGCGAUAACCCACAGAAGAUUCCUACUGACCAAACUGAAGUGAGAGUGGGUAACAAAACUAGUGAUGCAAUAGUGAUUCAGGAAGCCUCACAAGUCAUUGUCAGCCUAAAACCCGACCUCAAAAUGUGCCAUCCAAAGAAUACACAUGCAGUUGCUCUUGCUAGCAGUCUGAGUCCAUACCGGGAUGUCAUUCGCAUGGAGAGACGCUUGAGGUCCUCUUCAGAGGGCACUGCUGGAAGCGCCAGGUUAAACUUGAAUUUAAGAGAUGUGCAUACUGGAGAGAUCAGUAGCCUUCAGAAACAGAAAGCAAAUUCUUCAUCUUCCAAAUUGGAUAGCCUGGAUGUCUUAAACAACCUCGGCUCCUGUGAGCUGGAUGAAGAUGACCUCAUGUUGGACCUGGAUAUCCCAGAAGAUCAGCGACAUCAUUUUGUUUGCAGAGAGGAUUCAAACCAGUCGAUUGCCUCAUGUUUGGCACUGAUGCACUCACCCAUGGAGACAUCUAUUGAUAAGAUUCCAGGAAGAGAACCAAAAGCCCUAGACACAACACAUGGGGCUAUAUCCAUCCAGUCUCAAAAGGAGAUCAAUCUAGGUGACUUCCGACCCUCUUCCAGCUGCCUUCCUGGAGUCCCUCUCACUGACUGGUGUCUGCCAAGGGAAGAUGAGAUUGGAGGUCUUGAAGCCUUGCCCUUUAGGUUGAUGAUGCAGGACUGCACUGCAGUAAAGACACUACUGCUGAGGCUGAAGAGGAUACUGCAAGAGGAUAUAACGAAAGAUGAAUGCUCCCUGCUCAUGCUACAGCUAAAAGAAAAAGACGAAUUGAUCUUGACGCUUCAGGAUGAGCUGGCAAAAGUGCAGAGUUUGCAAAAAACUGUUUCGCACAGAAUGGACAAAUCUACACAAACAGAAAUCAUUGGCCAUGAUGCUAUAUGUCUAAACAGACCUAUGAACCAAAACCUCAACUCAAGGGACAGAAGGUUAGUGCAUACUCUCAUAGAGGACCAAUUUAGCCGACCACCUUCAGACAGACCAGUCACCUGCGAGAGCAAAAUCUGCCAGGUGCCCAGCUUACAUUUCAGCAACCUUUUGAAACAGCGAGAGGCCUCGCAGGCACCCCAGCACAAGACUGCUGUACCUACCGCCAGUCUCACACACAACAACCGAAGCAGCCGCUCCGACAUCAGCAGUCUCUACCGGAGCAAAAGCAAUCAAGUGUUUGACACAGAGAGCUUUCCGGUUGUCUCUGCUUGUCACAGGGAGAAGAUUGCUUUGCCCAAGCAGCACUCCACUUUCACUGGCAGGCUUGGACAACCUCCAAGGGGACCCCUCUCCUUGCACGUGUACAGCAGGAAGAAUGUCUUUCUUCAGCACACUUUACAGACUGCAGAGCUGCAGGGUCUCAGCCCACAUGAUGUGUGAACUGUAUUGAAAGUUUUCUCCCUCAUCCCUUUCUACUAACAUGUAAAAACAAGUGAUUAAGGCAUGUGGGAAAUGCUUCUGUGUUGUAAUUGCCAAGCCUCCUGCCACUGCUCCUUUGAAUGUUAUCCCCCUAUAGCAACGAAAAAAAAAAAAAAAACAUUCCUAAUUUAAUAGUUGCCAUUUAUGGCACAAUUACAGAAAAUAGCCACUAGAUGUUGGCUAAAAAUGCUGCUCUCUAAAGUCUGCAGAAGGCUGUAAAUUGCUAAUAUUACAGGUUCUAUCCAAUAAAAUGUGACACUAGGGGCAGAGGGUAAAGGCAAACUUGUAGUAAAAUCAGAAUUUCUGUGACACGUUUAAGGACUGUAUCAUAAAAGUCACGUAUAUGAAAAUUAUGUUUCCAUUUAAGCUUAUUUUGGUGGCUCAAAUCUCUUAUUUGUUUUCGCUCCUAAACACUAUGAUUCACUACUCUAUCAACGACAUUAUUUGUGCAGACACAUGCUGAAAUGGAGGCUAAUAAUAAUAAUAAUAAUAAUAAUAAUAAUAAUAAUAAUAAUAAUAAUAAUGCUCUCUUGAUUAACCACAUUUAUAGAAAAUAUAUUUGUAGUGUCCUUUUAACAAAAUACCAAAACUGAGCAAUUCUAUUUAAGCCAAAAAGCUCUAUACUUUAACCCUUUCCCCUAAAUACUGCUAUACAAAGAAUGAGCAGUUAAAUAGAGUUUAACAAUAAAAAGUCACCAGCAAAGAGCUGCUAAAAGUUGUAAUGGCAGGUUUUCCCUGGGUGAACAGCAUUACUUACUGUGCUUUGUCCCUUGUCUUCAAAAUCCUUUUAAAAGGUGAAAUAUUUUGAAUAUUUUCUUGUUAACAGCAGCAGCAGUAGGAGGAGGAGAUUUAAUUGUAGGAAGAAUUAGUGUUGAUAAAAUCAACUUUUUAACUGCUUACUUUUAAAAAUAAAAUUAAAUUAAAAACAUUGAUAUAUUUUGACCCCUUUUUGUAUAUUUAAAGUGAGUUUGUUAGCAAGUAAUUAUACAUUCAAAAAGUGUUAAUGACAAAACUGUAUUUAAAUUAAAUAAAUGUUGAAAUCUGAAAAGAAAUGCUAAUUCAUUCCAUAAAUUUUUAUACAGUAUGCAGUACAAAAAAAGUAUGCAAACGUGGUUUCUAAGAAUACAAAUUACUAUUCUUCUAUGCCUACAUCUUUUAAACAUUUUGAGUUUUUGAUAUACACAUUUGUCUACAGAUACUUAGUUUAAUACAUGUAGUGUAUUCAGAUCAUUUACUUGCAUACACUAAUUAUACAUGGUUAAAAUUAACUUAUUUUACAAACUGCCACAAACAUUUUUUUUUGUAACUAGCCUCAAGGGGUAGUUAUUUUCUACAGCAAACUGUUCCUUACCAGUUUUUAAAGAGACUGUGUUUGAGCGGCAUAGCAACUCUUCACAAAAGGACGUUUUGAGGUGAAGGAAACUCUCAAGUAAAAGCCAUCUCUCUCAGGUCUUUUGUUCCAGUUUCACAAUUCAGUGGGGAAUGGUGAAUUGCCUAAAGUAACCUAAUUAUAUUUCAUUUAAUUUUUUCACAAACUAAAAAAAGGUAUUUAUUGGAAAAUAAAAAAAAUGUAUUUUACCCCCACUCGUUUAACCCUUCUCAUUUAACCCUUUUCUUUUGUUAUAGACCCCAUUGAUGAUGGAUGUCUCUUGUGUUAUCUGCAGAUAGUUGUAUGUUUGUCUUAACUGAUGAUAGCUGUCUGUGGUUGCUUGUGUUGCAAUGGAAUGCAGAGUUAGGGUUAUUUAGGACUACUUUUGUCAUUUUAAUAGCAACCCUAACUGAUGCAUUAACUAGUAAUAAAAUAUUAUAUAUAUAUAUAUAUAUAUAUAUACAUAUAGCCUAACUCCCACCUGGAAUGCUAACUAAACUUUAACGAGAAACCCUAAACCAUAAAACCGGACAGCUAAGCCGUUUACUGGUUGCAAAACACACAAAAAGGUUGACACACUACCUUUUCUAAACCACACAGGUUUCUUCACCAUGACAGCCUCUCUUCACACAGACUGGAGACUGCCCUGAACAAACAUUUCUGCCCUGUUAUACACCUGUCUGCUAAUUAACCUGCCAUAUUUUAUAUAUAAUUAAGCACUUCAUUACCCAGGUGCAAUCAAUGGAUAGAUCAACCUGUGGCGAACUAAAAACGUAUACCACAAAUGAUCAUUCAGUAUCCUCUCUCUAUAUAUAGAAACAAUAUUAAUUUCUCAGUAGCAAAAUAGAUGGCCAUAUAUUCUCAGACUUGGUCCAAAUGUAGUCAACUGAUUUCAGGCACAAUCAGGACAAACAAAAACAGAUAAGAAUAUAAGAAUUGAAGUGGUGGUUGCUGUUUGCUUAUCCAUCACAUUAUCUGCGAAAUGCUGCCACACCAAUGCCGAAAUGUACAACCUAUGGAUAACAGACAUCUGCCUGUUAAAAUGCCAGGGACAUCCUGAGUAAUGGAGGCAGAUGUGUUGUUAGACUCAUUAUCUGUUGGUAAAAUGGCAUAAUCUUGUUAAUCAGAACAUAGGUAUUGUUUCAGGCGUAUUGAGAUGGUAAUGCAUACAUCUAUAAACCUGUCAAUGUUUAUUUCCAUGGGCAGGUGACCAGGUAUGAGGUAAGAACAAAUGUGUCACUUACCUGGACCCAUUCUUUUUAAAACCCCUUAAUCUCAGAGGAUACAUUGGUAUACGUGUUGCUUCCAAUUUAAAUUAAGUAGGUAGGAGUUCUAACUAAUCAGCUGAUAUUCAAUUUCAAAUCGUUUUAAAAAAUAUAUAUAUUAUACAUUAUCACUGAGCCACCCUUAAUUGUGCAGUGAAUCACUGGGUUCAUCACUUGUUUUUUUUAAACAACACUGGAUAAACUGUUGCAUUUUGGAACCUUUGCUGUAGGUCACACAGUCCAAUUGUAAAAUAAACUGACAAAAUGGGUUUUCUCCGGGUAUUCUGGUUUCCUCCCACAGUCCAGACAUGCUGGCUAGGUAGAUUGGUCCUUAGUUGCCCUGUGAUGGACUGGCAUCACAUCCAGGGUGUAGUCCAGCCUUGCACCCUGUGUUAGGCUCUGGCUCACCGCAACCCUAUAUAGGAUUAAGCGGUUACAGAUAAUGGAUGGAUGUUUAAUGGGAGACCAAAUUUUGCAUACAAAAUGUUAAAAGAAGCAACCAUAUUAACUUUUACAGGAGAAAUAAGUACAGCUUUGUAAAGUUAUCUAUCAAAUUGUUCAUGUUUUGCAUGCCACACCACAGUAGUUUCAGCAUAAAUUUGCUCAGCAAAGAAUACAACUAACACUGUUCUGUCGCUAUGUCAAUGUGCAUUACCGAAAUCCUGAAGGCCAAAAUACUUGUUUAAUUAUUAAAACUGUAGCGCCUAAAACAAUAUAGAACAAAUAUGUGAACAUGCAUAGGCUGCUAGAAGAGAACAGCUGUUUCACUGACCCUUAUUAUUUUUCAGUAAAACAACUAUGUGUUGCUUAGUUAUCAACAGUAUUAGGGAUCUCAGAGUCGGGGUCUUUAAAGAGGCCUCAAUAAGCUCCUGGUAAGCUUGCAGUUUUUUUCUUUUCCUUUAUUCUUUUCUUAGGAAAUACUUUGUUGAAGUAUAUAAUCCCAGAUUAGUAUUAUACAGAAUUUGGAACAUUUUAAACACAUAUUGAUAUUGUGCAAUCUGCAAGAAACUAAGUCAAGUAGAUAAAUAUUUUGGCUGGUGCAUUCAAAUAUUGCUCUGUGGUGUUUUAAUGCAUUUUGUAAAUAAGGCCUCAAAUAGUGUAAAAUAGCUAGGUGAAGGUGUUAACAUUUUAAAUCAUAAUGCUCAAUAACACAGCUCCAAAUAAUUAAGGGAUAUUCAGCAAUCUGUAUAUUAAGCAUGUUGAAAUACGCAGGUGUCUAUUAGUUUCACUGGACAACACACACCAUAUUAAUAUAUGGAGAAUGGACAAUAGGACCUUUUUUCCCAGUGUAGACUGUAUUGAUGGAUAUUUGCAUAUUUCAAUUUUCAAUAUUUCAAGUUUUGCAAUACAUAAAAUAAGGUACCAUUUUCAGAAAGUAAACUCUUUUGAAAAAUAUCAUAAUACAGAAUGGUUUCACUAGUUGGGACAGCCUUUGAGACAGACAUACGGUAUACCAAGACUGUCAUUAACAGCAUUUGUACUUUAAACCUGGAAAUAACUUAAAAACCAUGAUCUUUCAUUUUUUUUAAUGUGUGUGUGCGUGCGUGUGAUCUAUUUGCAUGUGUUUAUUAUUAAUCUUACUGAAAACAAGCAGUGUGUAUAAGAAAGAUUACAUUUAUUUAAGCAUACAGGUAUUGUAUCAUUUUAAUAGAAAAUCCCAAUGAAAUUAAUUGAAUUGAUUUGUCUGUUUUUUAAUUAUUAAGUUGGCCGUAUUUAUAUUAUGGUAUUAAGUUAUAGUAAAUAACAGCUGGCAUGUUCUUAUGUUCAUGUUUUAUAUUUUUUUGUCGUGUCUUUGUAUUAUACAAUAUAAGAAUGUUUAUUAUAAUUGGGGGACAGUGCAUAUUGUAAAGAGCUCAUGUAAAAAUGCUUCUGCAUCAUACUGAGGUUCUGAAAAAAAGCUUUUAAAUUGUAUUGUAUUAUUUGCUUCUAUUAAAUAAAUGUACAGUGUAAACAGUCACCAGUUUUGUAUUGUCAAACAAAAUAUUCUACAAAUGAAUUACAGAUGCUACAAACAUCAAUUUCUGGAAAACCCUGAGACUAUCUUUGUUUUUUAAAGCCUGUGUUAUCACGGGGGCUGUGUGGUCCAGUUUUAAAGAAAAGGGCUAAUAACCAGGAGGUCCCCGGUUCAAAUCCCACCUCAGCCAC